AUGGUUCGUUGUAAUUUCAACUUGAAAGCUUUUUUUACUCGUAGUGUGGCUCUGGUUCUGCUCUUUGCCAAUGUCACGCCGGUGAUUGGAGUUGGUAGCGCGAAGGACUGUACGUUGAAAUUACAAGACGGCUCCACUUACGUUGGUAAUGACAUCAACAAUGUGAAUGGGGUGACCUUUUCCACAGCGGGCACUCUUACUUGUGAAGCAGCGUCGCUAUUUAGCCCUGGACCUUGCCAACGUGCCACAAUCACUGACUGCCUCAGUGUGGUCUGCGAAAGCUACGCGUGCCUCAAAGCAGAUAUUUCCACAGACGUUGACGCUGUGCAAUGCAAAGACACCACUGCCUGUGGUGAAACUACUCUUCCGGCUCUCUGCACCCUCACCUAUUCAGACAGCUCAACAUCUAUUGGAGCGGCAAUUGAUGCAGGAAUCGAAGGAUCCGCUUCCAGAUCGGGUAUUCAAUAUGAUGCCAGCACCAACUCGGUGACCUGCCAAACUGCAUGUGAUGGGUACAUGUUGACUAUAUCUGGAUGCUCAAGUGUGAUUUCAACCAGUGUCUGUACUUUGUGGGCGCCAGAUGGUACUGCCUAUUUCGGAUCGGCUCUUGCUAACCUUGACGAUGUAGAGUUUGACGCAGAUACUAAUACUCUCACUUGCAAGCAAACACCAAAUGGUCAGCAUGGGCCCUGCCAAUUUGAUUCUCUCUACCAAUCACCCACAAUUUCUGGCUGCAGCCAGCUAAUCUGUGAACAUGUGGCUUGUCGUAGAGCAGCAAUUACUGGGGUUCCUUUCAUUGACUGCCACGGUGCUGGUGCUUGUCAUAGUGCCAAGAUGACAGAACUGCCAAAUGAUGCACUUGUGAAUUGCAGAAAUAACACUGCAUGUGAACACACAGAGAUCACUGCGGCAGACAGUUCCAGCGGUACUCGUGUUUUCUGUGAGGGUUUUCUUGCCUGCGGUGUUUUCGAAUAUGCCAAUGGCGAUACAAUCUUCAACGUUGAUUGUCUUGAAUGCAGAUCCUCCGAUGCCUGUAAAACCAAUGAUUCCUGGAAUUCUGAUAGCUGCCUCUUCAAUGGAGAGACCUGCCUGGAUGGUCCCCAAGGAAGCUGCCCUUGCAGCUUGACCACGUGUACGGGAGAAACCUAUUUGGAGGAGGACAUCAAUGCCCUUACUGAUGUCUCCUACGAUUCUAAUGCUAACAGCAUUCUUUGUGAAGGCCAAAUGAAUGGACUAUGUCGGGGCGGAACAAUCAUGGCAUGCCCUACAGUUGAGUGCAGCACGCAGGCCUGUAAGGGAACCACAGUCUGGAAACCGAAUGACUUGGACUGUGUUGGCAGAUGGGCUUGCAAAGAAGCUGUCCUCGUGGAACUCCCAUCUGGUGCUACAGCCACCUGCAAUGGGGACAGAGCAUGUGUGGACGCCGUGUUCAUGCACCUCAGAAGAAGGCUCAGGUGUCACUGUGGAUUGCAUUGA